CAUAAAAUUUCUUUUUUGGAAUUUAUUAACGUCCAAAUUUCUUACAUGCAAAUAGUUUAUUAUUUUAAAAGAAAUUUUUUGAGCAUUUGCAAAAUGUUUUUCAAAAAAAAACCUUUAGAGAUACAUAACAUUCUGGAAUAUUUAAAAAAUAAUUUUACAAAUUGGACCAGUAGAAAUGAAAAAAUUGAUAACUUCAUUCAGGAAAUGCAAUUGAACAUCAAUAAUGAAAAUGAUGUAGUAUUUGAAUGGAUACCAUAUAAACAAUUUAAUAAAAUCAAAGAGAUAGGCAAAAAUGAUUCUAUAACAGUGUAUUCAUCAAUAUGGAAGGAUGGUCCAUUAUGUAAAAUGAAUAUGUUGAGUGGGUAUUAUGCAAGGGAUCCAAAUAUAAAUGUCGCCUUAAAAUAUUUACAUAACUCACAAGAUUCUGUUGAUUUUCUAAUAAAUGAGGCUAAAAAAUAUUCAACAAAGAUCUUUGAUAGAGCAAUUUGUGACAUAUAUGGAAUAUCUCAAAAUCCAAAAACAAAUAACUAUAUUUUAGUUCUUGCAUGGGCGAGUGGAAGUGAAAAAAUUGAUAAAUUCAUUCAAGAAAUGCGAUUAAAAAUUAAAUGGAUACCAUAUAAUCAGCUUCAUUACAUUAAAGAGGCAGACAAAAAUGACCUUAUAACAUUGUAUUCAGCAAUAUGGAAAGCUGGCCCAUUAUAUAAGAGAUAUGGUUUGAGUAAUUAUACAAGAAAUCCAUGUAAAGAAGUUGCCUUAAAAUGUUUACAUAAUUCACAAGAAUCCAUUGAUUCUUUAAUAAAUAAGGCUAAAAAGUAUCUAACAAUACAUAAUGCAUUUCAAGUAUUGUAUGGAAUAUCUCAAAAUCCAGAUACAGGAGAUUAUAUUUUAAUUCUUAACCAGACGAGUGGAAAUGUAAAAAUUGAUGAUUUCAUUCAAGAAAAGCAAUUAGAAAUAAAUGACUAUGAUGAUAUAGUGUUUGAAUGGGUUCCAUACAAUCAGUUUAAUAAAAUUGAAAAGACAGGCAAAAAUGGCCCUGUAACAGCAUAUUCAGCAAUAUGGAAAGAUGAUUUACUACAUUAUCAGUAUUAUGGAUAUACAAGACAUUCAAAUAACAAAAUUGCUUUAAAAUGUUUUCAUAAUUCACAAAAAUCCAUUGAUUCUUUAAUAAAUGAGGCAAAUAAAUAUCAAACAAAGCAUAAAGCAUUUCAAGUAUUAUAUGGAAUAUCUCAAAAUCCAUUUACAGGAGAUUAUAUUUUAAUUCUUAACUUGAUGAGUGGAAAUGAAAAAAUUGAUGAUUUCAUUCUGGAAAGGCAAUUGAAAAUUAGUAACUAUGAUGAUAUUGUGCUUGAAUGGAUACCAUAUAAUCAGUUUAAUGAAAUUAAAGAAACAGGCAAAAAUAACCUUAUAAAAGUAUAUUCAGCAACAUGGAAAGAUGGUCCAUUAUACAAGAAGAAUAGACAGAGUAAUUAUACAAGAAAUUCAAAUAAAGAAGUUGCUUUAAAAUGUUUACAUAAUUCACAAGUAUUCAUUGAUUCUUUAAUAAAUAAGGUAAGGAAUUUCUUUAAAUAUUUAAAUACUUUUUUUAAUUAACAUAUUCUAAUAUUUAUAUUAGGCUAAAAAAUAUCCAACAAAAUAUAAAGCAUUUCAAGUAUUGUAUGGGAUAUCUCAAAAUCCAGAUACAGGAAAUUACAUUUUUGUUAUUAACUGGACAAGUGGAAAUGAAAAAAUUGAUGAUUUCAUUCAAGAAAGGCAGUUAGAAGUUAAUGAUUAUUAUGAUAUAGUGCUUGAAUGGAUACCAUACAAUCAAUUUAAUGAAAUUAAAAAGACAGGCAAAAAUGACCUUAUAACAGUAUAUUCAGCAAUAUGG